CUUAUGUCAAUAUCUGCCUAUAGCCGUGUAAUUGGCGCAGCACAUUUGGGACAUGGCAGACUCAGACACUAGGGCACAGGUCAUAUCAACAUACCAUGGACAUCCUACUUUCAUAUGUGCCCAAUGCUCCGCAGUCAUUGCACUUCAAGGCGAGCUCAUCAGUAAAGCAUUUUCUGGUAGAGACGGCCGUGGAUUCCUCAUGCACUCUGCCACGAACGUGAAGCUGGGAAAGAAAGAGGAUCGGCAGCUUCUCACUGGGGUUCAUACUGUCGCGGACGUAUUAUGUAUGGGCUGUAACGAGCGCGUGGGGUGGUAUUAUCACAAGGCCACCGAUUAUUCACAGAAAUACAAAGAAGGAAAAUACUUGCUGGAAAGAGAGAAGUUGGUGAAGGAGAAUGCUUGGGUGUUAGAAGAUUCAUAAACCUGAGCCCCUUAAUGAAAGCCUUGCAGUCGUCAUGUAUCAUAUUUAGCAAUCCUGUGUAU